AUGUCGGUCGUAAUCAAGGAAACCCACAAUAUCCAAAUGCUUAAACCGAAACCACGUACACAGAUACCACUUUCUAAAUUUGAUACUAUUUCGUGUUACAUCAACCUAGUUUAUUUCUUCAAGAAUGUUCAUAAUGAGUUCGAUUUUAUGAAUGUUCAGAAAAUCCAAAAUUCUCUUAGAGACAUAUUAACAGACUAUCAUCCACUGACUGGUGCCAUUAUAAAAAACGAAACGGAUAAUCAAUUGUUAAUUGAUUGUGAUGAUCGCGGGAUUCCGUUUGUCACUGCAGAAGGUUCUAGUGCCAUGAUCGAGCAAUUAGAAGAAGAUAGUAGGACAGAAACACUCGAAAGUUUUAUAGUUAACAAUGAUAUCCUUAACAAAGUGACUAGGGUUCCCUUAUUAGCAGUACAGCAUACUAAAUUAGUGCCUGACGGAUCAGUGGUAAUUGGAAUUUCUAUUCAUCAUACUGCCGCCGAUGGCGCUGCAGCAUUCGGGUUUUUAGAAAAUUGGAGUAGAAAAGCUCGUCAUGAACAAAUUCUUGUUCCUCCGGUACAUGUCCGUGAUAUAUUCAAAGAAGACAAAAAAGAUAAUGGCAAACAAAACGGUGUCAAGCUAAGUAACGAGAAAAAUAAUGCAGCACCACCUAAACUACAUAAUGCCGUUAAGCCUUCAAAGAGGUUUCAUUUUAGCAAUGAUCAACUUAAUAAAUUACGUGAGGUCUAUAGUACUGAUAUCCCUAAAGGUAAAUGGGUUUCAACAAAUGACGUAAUUGUUGCCCACCUAACGAGAAAUAUCACAAGGGUUCGAAAUAUUGACUCAAACGCUGAAGCUACUGGCGUAUUUAUUUGCGCAAUUGCAUGUAACGUACGUGAAAAGUUUAAACUCUCUAAAGGAUAUUUCGGUAACGCUUUUUGUACUAUAUCUGCUUUACUUCCGGUUUCUAAACUGAUUAACGGUUCGCGAUCUGAAGUGGCAUUACAAAUUAGAGAAACAAUCUCCAAAGUAGAAGAUGCGGACAUUCAAUUCUUCGAGGACUGGUUCAAAGAGAAAUCCAAGGGUCAGAUUCCAACCGAAGGAUUCCUUGUAUUUUCAAAUUGGUCCAAAUUCCCGGCGUAUGAACUUGACCUCGGUUAUGGAAAACCAACGAGAUUCCGUCCAGCUAUGGACCUUGAAAACGCCAUCGUUUUUUCUGGAACCGCCAAUAAUAAUGGAAUCGAUGCUUUUAUUUAUUUGAAGAAUGAGCAACUCGACAAAUUAAAUUUUGAUUAA